ACACCAUGUCCAAGCCGACCAACUGGGAUGACUUUGAAAAGCUCAUCCACGCAGCCAUGUACAACGAUCUCCGUGUGGCACCCGAAGAGCGCCCGCUCCUCCUCGCGGCGCCGACGGCCCUCGACAUGCGCGCGCUCACCAAGAUGGCCCAGAUCGCGUUUGAGACCUUUGGCGUGCCAGCGCUGUGGAUGAUCCAGUCGGCCACGCUCGGCGUUGUGGCUGCAGGCUCGGUGACCGGCUUGGCGGUCGAGUUUGGCGCGCGCUCGGUUACGGUCACGCCGGUCUUUGACGGCUACGCCAUUUCUGCCGCAACCGUCAUGGUGCCCAUCGGUGGCGAUCUCAUCACAGACCACCUCAUGCGGCUCCUGACCGAGCGCGGCUACUCGUUCACCACGACAGCUGAGCGUGAGAUUGUCCGCGACAUCAAGGAGAAGCUCUGCUUUGUCACGCCCGACUUUGAGGGCGAGCUAGCGCUGGCCGCUGAUGGCGGCGCCGGCCCCGACAGCGAGCGCACUUACGAGCUUCCUGAUGGCCAGGUCAUUACCAUCUCUUCGGAGCUCUUCCGCGCACCCGAAAUCCUGUUCCGUCCGGCCCUCGCCGGCGUCGAAGCCGUCUCGCUCCCCGACGCCAUCCUCGUCGCGGUCAUGCGCACAGAGCCAGAGCUUCGCCGCGAGCUCCUCUCGCGCAUCGUCAUCACUGGCGGCCCCAGCGCCACCCGCGGUCUCGGCGACCGCAUUGAGCUCGAGCUGGCCCGCAUCCUUCCCGACGACGUCAUCUCGCACGUGGUCACCUCCUCGGCUCGCGAGAGGAAGUACGCCACUUGGAUUGGCGGUUCGAUCAUCGGCUCCCUCACCGCCUUCCACUCUCAUAUCAUCACCGCCGAUGAGUUCAAUGCCUGUGGCCCCGCCAAGGCUGUUGCGCGCCGGAUGUGGUAA